AUGGAUCACCACCACCCCCACCUUCUCUUCCUCCUCCUCCUCUUCCUCCUCCGGACGCUCUCCGAGGCGGCGGCGGCGACCUUGGGCGGCGGCGGUGGCCCCGGGCAGCUGUGGAGCCUUUGGGGGCUCGGGAGUGGAGCUAAGGCAGGUUCCUUCUUUUGGCUCUCCGGGCCGGAGGGUGAGGGCUGCAAAGAGUGGGGAGGAUACACUGCUCCUCUUGCACCUCUCAAACAAUUUCAGCCCGAUUGUCCGAUUUCUCUUUCAGACGCUCCAGAUGUGCAGCCUCUGCUCCGCGGCUUGGGCAGCCGCGUGGACCAGUGGCGGCAGCAGCAGCGGCAGCGGCGGCAGCGGUUUGAAUCAAGGUUGGUGUUCAGCCUUCUCUCUGACGGGCUUUUCCACUCACUUGAUACUUGGAUGGAGCCAGAAGUCCUCUUUUACGCACCACCAGCGUAUUAUGUCUUUGUGACACCUGUGGAAGUGGAUCCUGGAGGGGCCUACAUUUCACAUGACAUUUUAUAUAGUAGACGUCGGAAGCGAUCACCUCAGAGACCAGGGGGCUCCUUGCACUAUAGAUUUGCAGCAUUUGGGCAAGAACUGCAUUUGGAACUUGAACCUUCUGCCAUCCUUAGCCAAGAUCUUAUUGUCCAGGUCCUAGGAAAAGAUGGAGUCCUUGAGUCUGGGAAGCUUGCAGUUGAGCAAUGUUUCUAUCAGGGAUUCAUCUGGAAUGACAGCACCUCCUCGGUCGCGCUGUCAACAUGCAUAGGACUGUCAGGUUUAAUCAGGACACAGGAAAAUGAGUUCCUCAUAUCUCCAUUGCCAGUGCUACUAGCCCAGGAACACAACUAUACCUCUCCAACAGGCCACCAUCCUCAUGUACUGUACAAAAGAACAGCAGAAGAAAAAAUCCAGCAGUAUCAGGUGUCCCCUGAGUCCAGUGUGCCUUUGGCUGCUCAUCCUCGAAGUCACAACCCUCAGGAAGCUCCUCUGGAGAAGCCUUCUCCCCAUCGAAGGUUGCAAAAGCAGCACUUUUGUGGAAGGCGCAAGAAAUAUGCCCCCAAGCCUCCCACAGACGAUACCUACAUAAGGAUGGACGAAUAUGCCAGCACUGGACGGCUUAGAAGGUCUGCUGGGAAGUCCCAGAGAGGUCUCAACGUGGAGACGCUUGUUGUGGCUGAUAAAAAAAUGGUGGAAAAACACGGCAAAGAAAAUGUGACCACAUACAUCCUAACUGUGAUGAAUAUGGUUUCCAGUCUUUUUAAAGAUGGGACCAUCGGAAGUGACAUAAACAUUGUUGUGGUGAGCCUCCUUCUCCUGGAACAAGAACCUGGUGGAUUACUGAUCAAUCACCAUGCAGAUCAAUCUCUGAAUAGCUUUUGUCAAUGGCAGUCUGCUCUCAUCGGGAAAAACAACAAGCGACAUGAUCAUGCUAUUUUACUAACAGGUCUGGAUAUCUGUUCCUGGAAGAACGAGCCAUGUGACACACUAGGUUUUGCUCCCAUCAGUGGAAUGUGCAGCAAGUAUCGAAGUUGUACCAUUAAUGAAGACACAGGGCUUGGUCUGGCAUUCACCAUAGCUCAUGAGUCAGGCCACAACUUUGGCAUGAUUCAUGAUGGAGAAGGGAAUCCAUGCAGAAAGGCUGAAGGCAACAUCAUGUCCCCCACUCUAACAGGGAACAAUGGGGUGUUCUCUUGGUCCUCUUGCAGUAGGCAAUAUCUCACCAAGUUCCUCAGCACAGCCCAGGCCUCUUGCCUAAUUGAUGAACCAAAGCAAACAGGACAGUAUAAAUACCCAGACACACUUCCAGGUCAGAUCUAUGACGCAGAUGUUCAGUGCAAGUGGCAAUUUGGAGCAAAAGCCAAACUUUGCAGCCUCAGUUUUGUGAAGGAUAUUUGCAAAUCACUUUGGUGCCAUCGAACGGGCCAUAGAUGUGAGACAAAAUUCAUGCCAGCAGCAGAAGGCACCAUUUGUGGUCUGAGUAAGUGGUGUCGGCGAGGUCAGUGUGUCAAGUUUGGUGAGCACGGACCCCGGCCCAUACAUGGCCACUGGUCGGAGUGGUCAGCGUGGUCGGAGUGCACACGGACCUGCGGGGGAGGAGUCACUCAGCAAGAGAGGCACUGCACUAACCCCAAACCACAACAUGGUGGCAGGUUCUGUUCAGGGUCUAGUCGCCUGUAUCAGCUGUGCAAUGUUCACCCUUGUCCAGCCAAUAGUGUGGACUUCCGUGCCCAGCAGUGUGCUGAGUAUAACAGUAAGCCUUUCCGAGGAUGGUACUACCAGUGGAAACCCUAUACUAAAGUGGAAGAGAAAGAUAGAUGCAAGCUUUACUGCAAGGCUGAAAAUUUUGAAUUUUUCUUUGCAAUGUCUUCCAAGGUGAAAGAUGGCACUCCUUGUUCACCAAACAAAAAUGAUGUUUGCAUUGAUGGUAUAUGUGAGCCAGUAGGAUGUGAUUACAAACUGGGAUCCCAAGCAACUCUGGAUGCUUGUGGUAUUUGCAAAGGAGAUAAUUCAACCUGCAAGUUUUAUAAAGGCCUAUAUCUUGAUCAGCAUAAAGCAAAUGAAUAUUAUCCAGUUGUAACCAUCCCAGUGGGAGCACGCAGUAUUGAAAUACAGGAAUUACAGCUAUCCGCAAGUUAUCUUGCAGUUUGCAACCUGAAUAGAAAGUAUUAUCUCACAGGAGAUUGGACAAUUGAUUGGCCAGGGGAGUUCCAAUUUGCUGGGACUGUGUUUGAUUACCAGCGUCCUCUGAACCAACCUGAACGUCUGUAUGCAGCAGGACCCACAAAUGAAACACUGGUCUUUGAAAUUCUGAUGCAAGGCAAAAAUCCAGGAGUCUCAUGGAAAUAUACCCUGCCCAAAGUCAAGAGCCCAACACGGACAGUAACACAAGAGCAUAUCUACACAUGGAAGACAGUGCAUUCAGACUGUUCAGUCCCCUGUGGAGGAGGUCAUAUUAUAGUAAAGAGCAUUUGUUUACAAGAUCAUCUGAAGCAAGUGAAUUCAUCUUUCUGUAGUAUGAAGACCAAACCUGUGACUGAACCCCAAAUGUGUAAUGUUUUUUCCUGCCCUGCAUAUUGGGCCCCCGGUGAAUGGAGUUCCUGCAGCCGGUCCUGUGGGGGAGGCCAGCAAAGCCGACUGAUUCAGUGUGUCCAAAAAAGAAGUUUCCAAAAGGAAGAGGUUGUAGUACAUUCUCGGUGCCCAGUGAGCACCCCAUCCCAGAUGCAAGUCUGUAAUAACCAUGUCUGUCCCCCAGAAUGGAGCCCUGGGCCCUGGUCUCAGUGUUCCAAGACCUGUGGGCGAGGGGUGAAGAAGCGGGAAAUCUAUUGCCAAAGCCCUGCCAAAGGUGAUGUCCUACCAGACAACAUGUGCGACUCAUCCCCGAAGCCAGAAGCCCACGAGGGCUGUGUGUUAGGUCGCUGCCCCAGGAAUGACCGGCUUCAGUGGGUGGUCUCCUCUUGGAGUGAGUGCUCAGCAUCCUGUGGUCCAGGCAUAAAGAAAAGGGUGAUCCAGUGCAGUGAAAAAGGCCUUCCAGGAAAGCUGAUGACCUUCCCAGAGCGCAGAUGUCGUCACAUCAAGAAACCAGAGGUAGAACUGGAGGAGGCUUGUCACCAAGGAGCUUGCCCAGUGGCCCUCAGGCCCCCACUGGUAGCCCGAUGGUAUUCUUCCCCUUGGCAACAGUGCACAGUGACAUGUGGAGGUGGCCUACAGACCCGAACAGUGCAGUGUCUCCAGCAAGGACGGCCUACAGCCAGCUGCCUGGUUCACCAAAAACCAUCAGCAGUCAGAGCCUGUAACACAAAUUUUUGCCCUCUACCUAUGAAGAGAGAUGAGCCACCUUGUGUGGAUUUCUUCAGCUGGUGCCAUCUAGUUCCACAACAUGGUGUCUGCAACCACAAGUUUUAUGGCAAACAGUGCUGCAAAUCGUGCUCAAGGAAGAAUCGAUGAUGAUGAUGAUGAUGAUGAUGAUAACAACUCAAAUUUUUCUAGUACCUGAAGGUUUACAAAUGCUUCCCCCAAAAUAGCCCUGUGAGGAAGGUAGUGCAAGAAUUGUCCCCAUUUCAGAGAGGAGGAAUCUAAGAUCUGAAGAAGAGAACUCUCUAGACUAGCAGACUCAAAUCCAGGUCAUCUGCUCCAAAUCCAUUAUUUUUUAUGACUACACUGUUCUGCCUCUCAAUUUUUUGUAAAUGUCUCUUGGUGAGUGGGGUAGGAUUGGUCUCCCCUUUUAACCACAGUGAAUACCCUUGUCUGAGUCACUCACAGUACUUAUCAAGCAAGUGGAGACCUGAUCUGUAGGAGUGUGGCCACAGUGAAGUGCUUAAGGGACAAGGGAUUGUUUUUGUUGAUAUAUCAUGUUCAUUUCAGAGCCCUUGGACAUAAGAUGCCAGGAUGGAUCCCCUCUCAUGAAAUACUUUCAGCCUCAGCUGUCCUUUGGAACAUAUGACUUUAUCAGAUCAAGAUGCUGAGUUAUUGACCAAAAAACAAACAUUUAUUCAUGUCAACAUUAGUAGAAAGGACACAUUGAGUCAACUGAGGAAUCUCCUGUCCUUGUAGAUUUACCAAAACAUAGAGCUGAAAGGGAUCAUUGAACUACAGAAUCUCAGAGUUGGAAUGGAUCUCAGCUGUUAUGUAGUCCAAGCCCCACCUGAGCAGAAAUUCACACUACAGUUUUCCCCACAUGUGGUUAUCCAGUCUCUGUUUGGAAGACCCCCUAUGAUGGGAAGCUUACUACCUCCUAAAACAUCCUUUUCUACUUUGGGACAGCUCUAAAUUAUCAGAAAGUUUUUCCUUCCUUCAAGCAUAAAUCUGCCUUGAUGCAUCUUACAGUACUUGCUCCCAGUUCUACUCUUUUAGAUUAAGGAGAACAAACCCAAUUCCUCUUCCACAUGACUAUCCUUCAGACACUCGAUAACAGCAAUCAGGUAUUACUAUUUCUUUCUCUUCAAUUCCUUCAGGUGAUCUUUGGAUAACUUGGUCUCCAGUCUCCUCUCCAUCUUGGUCAUAUGACUUUGAUGUCCUCUAACUUAUCACUAUCCUUCCUAAAAUGUGGUAUCCAGGGCUAAACAUACUAUUCCAGAUGUUGUUGGGUCAAGGUGAAUUCCAACUCCUUCCCUUUGUAGCUGAGAAAACUAAGACAUAGAAGGAUGAAGGGAUGAAGGGGCAUAUUCAAGUUCACACAGCAAGUGAACGGCAGAGGCAUGAUUGCCUUCUGCUGGAAUGAGAACCUUUUAGUUCUUCAGCCUGACUUAAUCAGGCUUUUAUGGGCCCUAGAUAUAAGACUUCCACUAAUUGGGACCAAGAGAACAUGAUCACAAAACUGACAAGGGACCUUUUACUUCUUUGUGGUCUUCCUGUUGGACUGUGUGGGUAGUUCUGGAGCAUAUAUUUUGCCUAUAUCAAGGCUCAAGAAUAUUAACAACAACCUGGGAAGCAUUUUCUAAAAAACAUUCUGGAAACAGGGUAUAUAGACCAUUUAGAACAAUUGGUCAAUUGAACUUUGCACUUUGAAUAACUUAUAAAUUGCAAGCCUUUACCCCGUAUCCCCAUGUCAUCUCAAGAUACUUCCAUAUGUGAAACAAUUAAAUUCAACAUUUAUUAAGCACCUUUUACUUGAGAGCCCUAAUUCAAUACUGAAGAAGACAGCAAACCAAGUCAUGGAAUCAUAUCAAGAUUAGUUAGAAGGGAUCUCAGAGCCGAUCUAGUACAGUCACCAGCACCAUGCAUGACUCCCUUUGACAGUCUCUACAACAAGGUCAUUUGGUCUCUUUGGCCACUUCAAAUAACUGGGAACUCACUGUCUCACAAGGAAGUGCAUUCCCAUUUUUGAAUAACUCUUAUUAUUAGAUUUUUAUUUAUAUGUAAUCGGCUAAAAUCUGCCUCUCUGUAACUUCCAUCUAUGGAUCCCAGCUAUGUCUGACUCCUUUCAAACCUUCUAGUUUGCUCUAGACUUUAGAGUAAGAAAUCUGAUCCCUCCUACAUAAAUCUAUUCUUUAAAUAAGGUCAUACUAUUUAUUCCUGGAAGGGACCUUAGUGAUCUUUUUUUAAGGGAUAAAAUAAGGCCCAUGAGAGUAACUUGACCAAAGUCAGAAAGUUAAUAAGUGUCAGAACUGGGUUUCAGACUCAGGUGACUUGAUUAAAAAUUCAACACUCUUUCUACUAUGUUUUUGCCUCUCCCUGGCAGUCUUGAGCCUUAAGAAGUCAGAAGUCUAAUAAUUUAAUUAAUAAAUUUUUUUGCAUGUAAAACAGUGUUCUGUGCAAUGGGAGAUAAAGAAAAUUUAAAUAUAAGAAUCCCAGCCCUCAUGGAGAUUAUGAUCUAGAGGGGACUGUAUGACAUUAAUUUUGGAAUCCUAGAAUAUCAGAGCUGAAAGAGUUCUUUCUCAGAGCUAUUUAGUCAUGCAUACAUGAAUCCCUUCCUGCUCUUGCUUGGUGCAACCAAUUCCAUUUUUGAAUAGCUCUUGAUAAGAUUUUUUUCCCCUUAAAUGCAGCUUAAGUCUGCCCCUCUGCAACUUCCACCCAUUUCUCUUGGUUCUGUCUUUUUGGGACCAACCAACCAGAAUGAAUCUAGUCUCUCUUCCAUAUAACAACCCUUCAAAUAGCAGAUACUUGAAGAUGGCUACCAUGUGUUCUGUGAUAUUUUUUCUCCAACUUAAAUAUUUCCACUUUCUCCAACUGAUAUUCAUGUUAUAUAGUCUUAAGGCCUUCUAAUUUCAGUUGAAUUCAGUUUAUUUAACAGUAUACUUACUCCACAAAUACUUAUAUUUAAAUAAAUGAAUGUCAACAGAGAAAAUAUUCCAAUUUUAUAACAUUCCCCUCAGAAGAUUGUGCCAGGAGGUAGUCAUCUUCAGAAGAGCCCAAUCUAAGCUUAAAGUCAAUUUCAAAUUAAUUCAGCAAACAUUUAGUUAGGAAUCUUUUACCCAGAGGACUGGGUUUGGUGCUUUUGGUGAUGCAAACUUUAGACAUAUGUUUUUGUUUAUUUGUCUGUUUGUUUUACCUUGGGGUGCUUUUCUACCAUCAAAGGUCCCAAUCCUUUCCACACCUUUGUAAGUGGUUUCGUGUGUCUCUGCAGCCAAGAAAUCCAUUCCUUGGUGACCAAACCCACUAUUAAUGAGUCCUUCAGAACUGAGCUAGACAGUCUAUCAUUUGCCACCCCUUAAUGUCUCUCCAGUUUUGUGGCACCUUCCAGGGCUUGCCAAUCUAAAUUGGCAAGUUGGCAAAGGAGGUAUCUCCUCCUUGCCAAAAGGAGAUAUCCAUGAUGGAGGAAGCUUUGGUGGAGAGACUAUCCUUAAAAUAGUUUUCAGUUGGAAGCAUACCAGCCUAUUUCCCCAAACCAGUAAAGCAGGCAGACUUGUGUCCGCCUGUAAUUUUUGGAGUUUUUGUUCAAAAGAUGUGUGUUUAUGUUGUUCCACUUCAUCCCACAACUUUUUUUUUUAAUGAAUGUUGCCCCAGUUCUCUGCCUCAAAGGCACCGAUUCAAAUAAAGACUGGCUAGUUCAGCAUAGCCAGCUAGACAGUGGUCACUUAAAAUGAACAGUUCCUUUUGUAACUCUCCAAAUGGGAGCUGGGUUUGGUUUUUUUUUUUUCAUAUUAUCCAAGAAAUGAUAAUUAUCUCCUCGACUUGAUUUGAAGUACAAAUGGUUGUAUUAUUUAAAAACAAAAACAAUUCACAUUGUAUUUCUUCCCUACCCCCAGUGAAAUUGUCUUCAUAAUUACUAUUUUAUUACUUGAUGUAAAAAAUAAUUUAUUAACUCAUAAUCUGUCCUAUGUUUGUACUUGCUUCCUAAAGUGGGUGAUGUUAAUUAGAAAAAAAUGUUGAAUAAAACUAUGUUAUGGAAUGAAAAAAAUCAACAUAUAGGCAUGGUAUUUAAUUCUUCUGUAAGUUUAAUAAUAAAAGACUCUG